UCCACCUCGUUAAAAGUUCAUAUCGGUUGAUCGGCGAUAGCAAGGGCGAGCCGUACGUGCGGUGCGCCGUUACUCGCACGCGAUACGUCCGCCAGCGGGGUUUUAAAAGGUUUUUCUUAAUACGGCAGUGCUAAUCGUUAGGAUGGUCGCCAUUUUGUCCGGAGGUGGCCCGGUUGAGUGAACGGGGCGAAAAUAGUUACUCCCUGAACACCGAGGACCGUUGAAAUCCCAUAGGUACCGAUCGAGUGGGAUCGUUCCAUCUUUAUUCUUCGGUAAACGAACGGAAAUCGGACGCUCGUUUGAAGAAGUGGCCGCGCACGAGUAACCGAGAUUUCCUCCCGUUGUCGCUCAACGUUGGCCCUUUAUAAUGUAGGUAUAGUUCAUUCAAAGAAGGCCUUUAGGGUAUAAUUAUAUUUAAUGUCAGUGAAUGAGUUGAAUGAUUGUUAUUGGUGGUGCAAUUAUUGGACCAAGAGGUAUUGAGACAAUUGGAAUAUAGCAAACAGCAUAUAAAAUGACAAUUGCCACAAGAGGCCAAGGAGUAGGCAUGGACCCUCCUGACAGCCAACAAAGUACACAGAUGCACAGUCCACCGGGUCCACAACAAUUGGCUGAUACAAUGUCAGGACUUCAACUCACGGAGAAUGUGGUACAAACGGAAUCCACCAAUGAUACUUUAACUUCAAUAGAGGAUAGUAAUCAACUUCAGGGGGAGCCUGACUUUCCCAUCGCAAAACUUAAUAUUCUUCAUGAAAAAAUAUCUAGUCCACGUUGGGUUGUACCAGUUCUGCCAGAACAAGAGUUAGAGUGCCUGCUACAAGCCAGUAUCGAUCUUUGUAAAAAAGGAAUUGAUGUACAAAGUGAAGCGUGUCAACGCUUUUUUCGAGAAGGACUCACAAUUUCUUUUACUAAAAUAUUGACCGAUGACGCAGUGAGUAGUUGGAAAUUAAAUAUUCAAAGUUGUAUCAAUGCAAACUGCGAACGUUUGGUGGAACUAUGCGUUCUGAAAUUGAAUGAGGACUGGUUUCCUCUUCUUGAUCUGCUGGCAAUGGUUUUUAAUCCUAGUAAUAAAUUUCACACGUUUAAUGCAGCCAGAGUAUCAGAAACUGUUCCUCCUGGCAGCGAUAUUCCUGAUGAAGAACUUUAUGCACGGCCACCUGCCGAUUCAAGAAGUACUCGCGGGUGGUUGGUCGAUCUCAUAAAUAGGUUUGGAAGUCUUAACGGAUUUGAAAUAUUGCUCUCUAGAUUUCAGAGCGGUCGAAAUUUAACGAUACUAGUUAUUUAUGCUUUAAUCAGACCUUUCGGUUUGUGUUAUGAGCUACUUACUGUUCACACAAUAGUUAAAUAUCUAAUGCCUAUCGUGGAAAUGGUGCCUGUAAUUUUGAAUAAUUUGACUGAUGAGGAAUUAAAGAAGGAGGCAAAGAAUGAGGCAAAAAACGAUGCAAUAUCAGCUAUAAUAAAAGCUGCAAAGUGUUUAGUGUCGCGGGUGCCGCAUCAGGAUGAGAUGAUUAAAAACUUGGAAAUUUUGAGACUGAAGAUGAUAUUGAGACUCUUACAAAUUUCUUCGUUCAAUGGAAAGAUGAAUGCGUUAAACGAAGUGAAUAAAGUAAUCGCGACCGUCAGUUUCUAUCAGCAUCGAAAUGCGAUUGUUGAAGAGGACGAGUGGCUUACUGCGGAACGUAUGGCUAAAUGGAUAAAAGAGAAUGGGGUAUUAGAAAUCGUAUUAAGAGAUUCGUUACAUCAACUUCAAUACGUUGAAAAGUUGGAAAAGAUUUUACGCUUUAUUAUAAAAGAACGAGCCUUGACAUUAGACGAUUUAGAUGCUGUUUGGGCGGCACAAGCUGGGAAACACGAGGCAAUCGAGAAAAACGUUCACGACUUGCUAGCCAAACUUGCUUGGGAUUUCAGUCCCGAGCAGCUCGAUCAUCUCUUUGAAUGUUUUCAGAUGAGUUGGAAGACUGCUAAUAAGAAGCAAAGAGAAAAGUUAUUAGAAUUAAUCAGAAGAUUAGCAGAAGACGAUAAGGAUGGAGUAAUGGCACAUAAGGUUUUAGCUCUUUUUUGGAACUUGGCUCACUCUGACGAGGUACCCACAGAGAUUAUGGAUCAAGCGCUAAACGCUCAUGUGAAGAUUCUUGAUUACUCGUGCUCGCAAGAGAGGGAUGCUCAGAAAACAAUUUGGCUAGACAAGUGUGUCGAAGAAUUGAAAACUGGCGAUAAGUGGGUGUUGCCAGCUUUAAAGCAAUUCCGAGAAAUAUGUUGCCUUUAUGAACCAAAUCCUAACAUAGGUCAUGGCCAACGGGGUCAUCACUUACAUUAUAGGCAAGAUGUCAUACAACGACUUCAAGCUGAACAUUCGAUAGUAAUUCUUGUGACAAUUAGCUUAACUAAUUAUAUGAGCAAAACGCGGCAGUUGGUCAAAGAGAAUCCAGACAUUGAUCCCAAUACUUACAUGUCCGACGGUCGAUACAAUCACAUUAUGCAAGUGCAAGAGAGGCUUAAUUUCCUACGUUUCUUAUUAAAAGAUGGUCAAUUAUGGUUAUGCGAGGAUCAAGCUGUGCAAAUUUGGCAAUGUUUAGCAGAACAAGGUGUGUUCGUGUCAGACCGGGAAGCUUGCUUUAAAUGGUUUUCGAAAUUGAUGGGCGACGAGCCAGAUCUUGAUCCAGCAAUAAACAAAGAUUUCUUCCAAAACAAUAUACUGCAAUUAGAUCCCACGUUACUCACGGAAAGUGGUAUUAAAUGUUACGAACGAUUCUUCAAAGCCGUUAACUCUAAAGAAGGAAAAUUGAAAUUGAAAAGAAGAACAUUUUUUAUGGAUGACGUUGACCUAAUUGGUACAGAUUAUUUAUGGCGAGUAGUAACUAACAGUCCCGAAGAAAUUGCUAAUCGAGCCAUAGAACUUUUAAAGGAAGUAAACACUAAUUUAGGACCACGACUUCAUUCUUCGAUAUUGGCGUUUCAUGUGACUUACAUAGGGGAGUGCAUGGACAGAUUAAAGGCGCACUACGACACCGUGUCUGUCUUGAGUAAAGUGUACCUCGAGGGAAAAGAGGAGCGGGGUGAACAAAUGUCGAAUAAAAUUAAAGUGGAAGCCAUGAAAAUGUGUCGAGUGAUGAAGGUUUUACAAGAGUAUAUAAAUGAAUGCGAUUCAGCGUUUCCCGUAGAACGAAGAAUAUUACCUUUACAUAGAGCAACUCGUGGGAAACACUUGUCUCUAAUAAUUCGUUUUGCGAAUCCUGGUCUUAACGUAGAUGACGUAGAUAUAUUCACGCAUAGUAACGACACAUUGGGAUCAUUGCGGCGGCAAAUACUGCGUAGAAUUAAAGCAAAUGGCUCGAAUGUGAAGCUCGACUUAUUUCUUAAUGGGGAGUCGUUAGAGCCAACGGACGACAGGAAGCUUCUUUCUCAAACUCCGUUGAGAGAUAAAAUGUUGUUGUCUGCAAAAUUGAGUCAAGUAAAUACCAACAUGCCAAGUUCACCGGAUAGUAGUUCGGAUAGUUCUACUAGUUCUCCCCAUCAUCCAUACGAUGGGCCAAACGUAGAAGCAGAGAAUAGCUUACCGGGUGUGGUUAUAUCGCAAAGAUCGCAGUACGCGCAGUUUUUCUUUCAAUUGGCAGAUCUGGGAUGUACACUUCAACACUCACAGUUACGUGACGGUGCACGGAACCUUUUACAGUUGGUGCCACCAGAUACCCUUACUGUAACACGAUUACAGUGGUUAUUCUUCAGUCACUGUAAAGAAGACGAUAAUAUAAAUAAUGCUCUUUGUAAUGAACAAAAUACUACAGUAGAUUCUUUAUUUUUUACUCCGAGUCCUAGCCAAGUUUUAUACAAUUUAGAGGUUUUAUAUAGUCUGUUAAUGCCGGCUUUGGAUCCAAUGUCCGAGAGGGCGUUCGAAUUUCAGUGUAAUUUCAUCAAAAGCGGCGAAGCCGAAGUAAUUUUGGAGAUGUUAAGUAAAAACAAGUUCUUACCGAACGCCGACGAAACUACGAAACGGGCAGCAUACUUGACGGUGUUGAAGCUAUGCAAACUGUUGCUGACGGUAGUGGGCAACGUCAUGGCUUGCGUACUGGACGAAAUGCAAGCUGGGAUAUCAGAGAACCAAGAGAAUCAUGCCCACAACAAUCGGGCGCCAGCGGCGGUUCUGAAGCAGGCAUUGCAAAGUGUACCGAAUCAGAACACGGAAUAUAUAUUGAGAAGCGUGGCCGCAAAAUUGGCGCAACACUUAACACGUUGGGUAUUGAGCGAGGGAACCGAAUCUGACAAAUGCCGGCAGCUUUUUAUGCAAGUCCUAUCCUGGGAGCUACCAUUAAUGGACGUAGCGACCAUUCGUGCCAUAAUUAGGCUAGCAUGGGCGGCUUCCACAGGCAGUCUGAACAACAUAAACGCGUCUGUUGAAACGCUUCACGCACUACACGAAUCAAACGAGAAGGAUACAGGGAAUAAUCCUGACAACAAUGAUGUGUUAGUUUGUAAAGAGGCUUUGGAGGUUCUCACGAUUGCAUUGGUACUAAACCAAAGUGUUUUAGAGUCAUUACCGAGGGACAAAAUGUGGCAUACGUUUCUAAUAGACCUCGUCCUGUUGAGUCCCUCAAGGAUGAUCAGAAUGGCUGCUGCCGAACAGUUUUUUCUUAUAUCGACUUGGUACAGCAGCGGUCAUCAAUCAUUGUUAUUUGCCAUUACGUUGCUCUUCAGUGUUCUGAACACCACCGUCGUCGAACACGCGAAACAGAGCCACGAGUACUUUCAAUUGUUAUGCAGAUUGUUGAACUUUGCUCAUAUGUCAGGGUGUCCCCUCUUAACUGUCGAGGCGCUGCUGAAUAUUGAAAUAGAGUGGUUGAAGAAGGUACGGGACAGCGUGAAGGAAAACGGGGACAGCCAAGUGGACGAGGCUGUCCUCGAGGGUCAUCUUGGUCUGACGAAAGAGCUGUUGGCAUUUUUACCGGCCAGUAAAAAAUUCGAGCUCGGCUCCGACGAGAAGCACGGCACCAAUCUGGUGAAAGAGCUGGUCGAGGAUUUUGUAUUUCCCGCGUCCCGUCUGAUGUUGCAGCUUCGUAGCACCGGCGAGUUAAGUGCCUCGCAGGCGUGCCCAGUUUGUACAACUCCCCAGUCGACUAGCGCGGCAUUCGAUUUACUUGUAGGUCUUUGCGUAGGCUGUGUACCCAACAUGAAACUUCUAGUCACAAUGCUCACUGACAUGUUCUACUCGGAGAAAGAUGAACCGCUGGUGGAAUGGGAUUACCUGCCGCCAGUCGGCCUCAGGCCGCUCAAAGGUUUCGUAGGUUUAAAGAACGCGGGCGCGACCUGCUACAUGAACUCAGUAUUACAACAAUUGUACAUGGUCGAGAGUAUAAGAGUUGGGCUGCUGGCUGCGGAGGGUGCGGCGACAGACUUGACCGAGGACUUUUCCGGCGAAGAACGUAUCAAGGGAGAACAAACGAUCGAAGCAAACGAUAACGACACGAACGAGGAGAAAUGCGGGGCGGACGAGUCCCGCAAAGAAUACAAUAUCGGGAUACUGAAGCAAGUACAAGCGAUCUUCGGUCACUUGGCGUACAGCAAACUACAAUACUACAUACCCAGAGGUCUCUGGAAGCAUUUCAAACUUCAAGGUGAACCUGUGAAUCUUAGGGAACAACAAGACGCGGUAGAGUUUUUCAUGAGUUUAGUGGAAAGCUUAGAUGAAGCGUUAAAAGCUCUAGGACACGAACAGAUAAUGAGCAAGAUUCUCGGUGGUUCAUAUAGUGACCAAAAAAUCUGCAAAGGUUGCCCUCAUAGAUAUUCCAAGGAAGAGCCGUUCAGUUUAAUAAGCGUGGACAUCAGGAAUCACAGCAACUUACUGGACUCCCUGGAACAGUACGUGAAAGGAGAAUUAUUGGAAGGCGCGGACGCUUAUCAUUGUGACAAGUGUAAUAAAAAGGUUGUCACAGUGAAACGGUUAUGUGUAAAAAAGUUACCACCAGUGUUAGCGAUUCAAUUGAAGAGAUUCGAUUACGACUUCGAACGAGAUUGCGCUAUUAAGUUCAACGAUUAUUUUGAAUUCCCGAGGGACUUGGACAUGGAACCUUACACUGUUUCCGGACUGGCUAAAGUGGAGGGAGAAGUUAUAGACUGUGAUUACGAGGAGUCGAUGAAGGGAACCUGUACCAAAUACCAGCUGACUGGUAUUGUGGUGCACAGCGGUCAGGCUAGUGGUGGCCAUUACUACUCUUAUAUUUUACACAGGCAAAGCGACGGUAUCGCAAAGUGGUAUAAGUUCGAUGACGGUGACGUUACGGAAUGUAGAAUGGAAGAAGAAGAGGAAAUGAAGUCCCAGUGUUUCGGCGGCGACUACUUGGGAGAGAUCUUCGACCACAUGCUCAAACGACUGAGCUACCGGAAACAGAAACGAUGGUGGAACGCCUACAUGUUAUUUUAUACCAGACUAGACGUAGAGGAGAAUUCUUUAAUGAAGAGCGUCAACGAGUUAUCAUUGUAUACGAAACUGGGAGUCAUGAAAAUGCCUCCAGCUAUCGAGUACAGCGUGAGGAAGCAAAAUAUAAAGUUCAUGCAUAAUCGGAACCAGUUUAGCGCAGAGUAUUUUCAAUUUAUCAAGAAACUCGUGUCCUGUAAUCCUCAUAAUAUAAACAGACAGAACAUGAACGAGAAACUUAGCCCUGAGCAAGAAGAGCUUGGAAUGUUGUCCGUUCAAUUAGCGUCGAGAUUCCUGUUUUACACGGGUUUCCAUACAAAGAAGACAUUACGCGGUAAUGCCACGGAUUGGUACGACAUCGUGUGCCAUCAUCUGCGCAGCAGUAAAUCUGUGCGGUCCUGGUUCGCCCAUAACGUGUUGUUUAAUCAUCCACACAGAUUUUGCGAGUACCUUCUGAGCUGCCCCAGUUUAGAAGUUCGAACAGCGUUUCUCAAAAUUCUGGUAUUUCUUGCACACGUUUCACUCCAGGAUGGUCCCUGCGUGCCACCUAGCUUAAACGCACCAACUAUACUGUUGGACCCAACAGCGACGCUCAGCGAUCACUUGUUGCACGCGGUUCUGUCUUUGCUUCAUCGAGAAAUCUCAGAGCAUGGACGUCACCUGCCGCAUUACUUCUCUCUGUUCUACACGUACGCGUCGCUCGGUCUCGCCGAGAAGGCCCAAUUGCUUAAGUUGAACGUCCCGGUUACGUUUAUGUUAGUCGCGAUCGACGAAGGGCCCGGUCCAACGGUCAAGUAUCAGUAUCCAGAGCUAACCAAAUUGCAUCAGGUGGUCAGCUUGCUGAUACGUUGCUGCGACGUCUCGUCGAAAGCACACUCGAGUCAUGCACAGUCGGGAGUGGCGCCUUUACCAAAUCCGUACGGCGAUCCGGCUUGUCAAAACGAAUACGUGAUGCCCAUUCAACCGCAGGCAGCUGAUAUUCUUUUUGUUAAGAACAGUUACACGAAGAAGCUAAUCGAAGAUGCCGAGGUCAACGUCACCGACGUCACCUUCACCGACACGGUGAAACUACUUCAAUAUUGUUGCUGGGAAAAUCCACACUUAUCGCGAUCAGUGCUUAGCGAAUUACUGUGGCAAAUUGGAUUUUCAUUCUCUCACGAACUGAAGCAUCACACGGAUCUGUUGCUCGCCAUGCUCCUUAUGGAGGAUUCAUGGCAGACACACCGCGUUCACAAUGCGCUUAAAGGUGUGCCGGACGAGAGAGACGGUUUAUUUGAAAUAAUACAAAGAAACAAGCACCAUUACCAAAAGAGAGCCUACCAGUGCAUCAAAUGUAUGGUGCACCUUUUCAGCAAGUGUAGACCAGCGCAUCAACUUCUACACCACAGUCCCGAAUUGAGGAGGAAGUGGAUACAUGCUAUCGACUGGCUUCACGAAGAACUCGAGAAGAGACCCUACGCGUCUACAGCUCCGUACACUCUCCCGUACAACUGGUCCCCGCCAGCACAGUCGAACGAUUCGACGAACGGCUACGUAUUGGAGCGUAGCAACAGCGCGAGGAAAACCCUGGAGAGAGCUUGCGAACUCUGCCCUGAAGUGGAACAGGAGAUGGAGGACCCGAGCGAGGACUGCGCCGAAGAAGCGGACAAGUAUCAGCCGCAAAAUAGGGAUGCAAUGCAGAUAGAACGCAAUCUAGAAUACGUGUUUUUUUAUUCCGGCGGGAAAUUGUUAGAUCGUUUGCUGCAAGAGCCAGAGUCGCAACCUGGACCGUCUCCAGUUCACACCCCUCUUUUAGCCCAUCAGUUGCAUAGUCCGCAGAACUGUGAGUCAUCGCAAAAUACCAGCCGGGAUCCAUAAUGAACCCUAAAUACCGACGUUCUACCAAGUUGCUGUCACGGUGAAAUAAAUUCAAGCUACGUAGAUGCAACUGCGCCAGCAGCUUGGUGCCGAACGAUAGAGGCACCUGUACAGAUCUAACAAU